UUGUUCGUCAAUGGUUGUCUGCUCGGCCACCACCAACCAGGACUGUGUCCAUAUGCGCUUCCACUGGAGAGUGAAGUAACUGACGCGUGUGACCUACCUACAGCCCUGUACCACUACUAUCGAGCUAAAGACAAGAUGAAAGGGGACAUUUGCAUCGGUCUGCUGAUGCUGUUGUUAGUCGUCUUGAUGAUCUCUCCCUGUCGCAGUGAUAAAGCAUAUGGACCCUGCAGUGGUGAUGACGAGUUUGUGAUGGACUCCAACAAAGGCUCUAAGCCACAGUGCCUUUGUCACUAUGGAUACCGAAGGAAUGCAAUGGGUAGAUGCCAGCCAUUGGUCCAAUUUUUGAUUGACGCAUCCUCCCAAUCACUAUGGUUAGCACCUAGGAGAUCGACGAUAUUUUCGUACAGCUUCGCCAGCACUUACAGCCACUGGAUUGGAGAACUCCUAAUUGAUAACGGCGUUGUGACCAACGGCACGUUUCUGAAUGCCAGCAACAGUGGUCCUCUUGCAGUUGCAGCGCGAGGAGUUGCAGUUGUCUUGCUCGACUCCCCAUUUACACCUGAUGAUGACGACAUCAUUGCUAGGACGUACAGACAUCAGUGGCAUCUCCUCAGACAGAUCCGCAGUAACAGUAGUAAUAACUCAACCCUCAUUGAAUUGACCUAUCUCCAAGAAGACAGUACUGCCAGCGAGAGUUUUAGUCGCCGUCUCCAGUAUCGCGUGUUCUCCACACAUUGCUACUCGGCUGAAAGUGGGGACAAUCCCGAGUGCAAGUACAAGCCAUUCACGUCCACCAUGGCAUACCUAGGAUGGGGUGAAUAUGAAAUGGUGACGUACUGCAGCCGGACAGAAGGUGGUGCAAUGGAGUACUUUGGUUACAGUAUUCCGUUUCCAGUAACAAUAACACCAGUAGACGAGCAUGUUCCAGCAGAACCUGCCACAGCGUCCACAUACCCUAUUACAAAUACAUCAAGUGGUGGCAAUGGCCACGCACCUGUGAAAGGCCACAGCAAAAGGAAAGUCAUCGUGGGAGUGUCCAUUGCCAUGGCCAUUGUUGGUGCGCUGGCGUUUGCAGCAUUGGCAUACUGUCUUGACAAACGCAGGAAGAUGCCUCUCAAAUACUUCAUCAGCAGAGAACCCUCAGUGCUCCAGGAGAAUCAGUUUGAGAUGACAGUUCGCAAUAGCAUCACAUCAACAGAUCUGAGCCAGCCAGAGUUCCAGACAGGAGCUUCAGUGACCAGGGAAGUGAACUGGACAUACUUGAAGUACGUCAACUACAAGACUGAGGACCAGACGGAUGAUUGUGGAGAUCAGGGCAGAACACAGUCACUGGCUACAACGGGUCCACUGGCUGUGCCUCCGUCAUCACCAAUAUCUAUACUCAACUGGGAUGCGGUGUCCGUGAGCACCUUAGACUCAGUACAACGAGCCAUGUCAGCCAACAGGUCGUGGACAUGUACACCUGAACCAGCUAGCUGCCUUGAGGCUUAGAACACAGUUGUCCAAUACAUAAUACUAGUAGCAUCAUGAAAGCAU